UCCUAUGUAUUGGUGGAGCUCUUGUUAAAUUUUCUCGACCACUAUUACCUACAGAUCAUGUUUAUCAUCUUAAUAGUGCUACCGAUGAGGACAUAUAAACCACAAGCAUCGACUACGUCAACAAAUUAUGUUGUAUAUUGUUUGAAUCUGUGAAUUUAGCUCAUUCAUAAGUUGUUAAGCUGGUCCGUCUAGUUCGCGAGCUUGAGUCGGGGAGGUUUUGCUUAAUAUAACUAUGGCUGAGGCGAACGACGUAGAGCGGACGGACGAAAACGAGCUAAAGGGUGCUACAGUUGGAGAAGAUGUCAUUGAUGAUGUGAUUGUCGAGCAAAUUGCAGUUCUACUAAGAUGGUACAUUAUUGAGCGUGCUGCUGUAGAGUAUCCAAACAUGCAUGUGAGCCAUGAGGACCUUGGAGGAAGACCUCAGAAUGCAUAUGAUCCUAAAUUCAAAGAGUUUGUAGAUCAACUUCUGAGGAUAGCAGAUGAGCUUAACAGGAAUGCUGAGCUUCAACAUCUUAUUAGUACUGUGGAAGCUAACUGCGCUCAGGAUGUCUUCAUGAGCGUAGCCAGGAGCAUCAUUGAAGAUGGCAUUAACUGGGGACGUGUCAUGUCUCUGUUUCACCUCGCAUAUCAGCUUAUUUGCAAGGCACUGAUUGAGAACAAGCUUGAAGUUGUCAAGAUGAUCAUUAGCUGGUUUUCACAGUUUAUGAAGGAAAAUAUUUUUCAUUGGGUCAGACUGCAAGGCGGAUGGGGAGGUGUUCUGCAUAUGAUACCAAGAUGGCGCACUGUGUCCUGCAUUGCUGCGGUGGCGUUCAUUGUAGCUGCUCUUUACUGGAAAAGAACUCGCUAAGAAGUCAUGACCAGUCAUGCCGGAUGUGCAGUCUCACAAAUGUGGAAACUUGUAUCAAAAGCAAUACAAUGUGUAAUUGUUGCAAGUAAACUUACUCAUCUUGGGUCAGAUGGACCAAUCAUGCGGCAAAUAUCUUUUCUAUUUAAAUUAACCUUUAAAGACUUAAAGUUGUGUAACUGGUAAAGUUACAACGAUAGAUACCGUUGCCCUCAAUUCGAUUUUGUUUUUCUAUUAAGGUGUUCAAUGCAAGAGGGUGAAGGAGAAAUUUUCACCUUGAUUUAUUUAUUGACAGGGAUGUGUUUCUUUACUCAAAGAUUUUAAAGACACUGCACUUUUCUCCAUCAGUGCCUUUUUACUGUAAGGUGUUUUUUUUUAUCAACUUUUUAAUGUGCCACAAAAGUUACCAGCCUUACCUCCAAUCAGCUAAAUAUCUGAAAUCAAAUGUUUACUGUCAAGUUUUUAAAUGAUGUCAUAGGGCAUAAAAAGUAGUCAAAUGCAAUAUAUUAGACCUGCUUAAAGAAAGGUAAACCUAAACAAGGGUUUACAGUUUUUUACAAUCGCUAUGACAAUUUUUUUAGUACUUUUAACAAAUUUCCUAAACUCUUAACGCACCAACACACAAUUGGCAAAACAUUUAAUUUCAUGCUCAAAAUCACACAUUGUAAACUAAACUCCAACACUAGUUUUCAAAAUACAAUAAUACACUAGCAACAAUACACUAUGUCUACCAAAACACUGCAAACAUGUCUCAAAAUCAAAUCAUUUUUCAAAACACUAACGUAUGUUCUUGUCCAACAGGAAGAUUUAGUCAAUCACAAUGUCAUAAAAACAUCAGAUGGAAUUACAGAAACUGCAUUAUUUUAUAUGUGUCAGGUCUUAUACAACAGACAGUAUAUUGUAUUGAUCAUAGAUUGUGUUUUGCACUGCAUUUUCUUUU